UGCAGGUUCGGGUUCAGGGGGGAAACACUCCGUUCCUCGGACUAGAGCGUUAACUGGCCGUCCCUUGUGUAGGAGAGUCACUCUCUGUGCACGUUAUACGCUAAACUUCUCGCAAUGCAAAUAGUAGAUUGUGAACCCGGUGUUUGGUGUGCCCGCACAAUUGUUACACAAAACUGGCUUUGAAGAUAAACCGAAGAGGAAGAGUGUGAACGAGCCCUCAAAAGGCACAUCCCUGGUACAAGGUACGAGCCAGCCAGACCGUGUACUGGAGGAGGGCGAGACCGACGUACUCCACCAGCUGUCGGCAGUUGUAUCCUCACCACCGAUAUAUAUUAUUCUCUUCCGUUCCGAACGCUGCCAAAUAAGGAGAAUCAGCAUGACAAAAAGUGGCCAGUUCGAGCUCCAUGACGAGACCGGAAUGAAGAAGACGAAGGGCUACUUCUGUUCGACGUUACACCUCAUCGUCCUGGCAAUCGUGGUCGUAAUCCUGCUCAUCGUCGUCGGAUGUAUGGCUUACUUCCUGCCUGACCGGCCGUGCAAGCCGCCGACAUCGAAUGGUGUCGUAGGGGAACCGACAACGACGUCACCCGAAGAGGAAUGGAACGGUCGUCUGCCGCGCAACCUGAUCCCCAGAAUCUACCACAUCUACCUCAAGCCCUACCUGCUUGAAGAAGACGUAGGGCCAGAUACUCGUCUCUUCACUUUCGACGGUCAGGUCAAGAUAAACAUGACCUGUGACGUGGCCACCGACGUCAUCACACUCCACAGUAAGAACAUCACCAUCCUAUCCUACGAACUCGUGGACGACGUCGGAAAUGCAGUGGCGGUCGCCGACGUAACCUACGAAGACAGAUAUGACUUCGUCCAUUUUCAUCUUGACAUGGUGCUGGAGGAAGGCAGGAGCUACGAACUGGUGAUUGACUAUCUCGGAGAGCUGUUGGAGGGUAACACUGGGUUUUACCGCAAUAGCUACGAAGAGAGAGGGGAAACCAGGUGGUAUGCCGCGAGUCAGAUGGAGGCCACGCACGCGCGCAAAGCCCUGCCGUGUUUCGACGAACCGGACCUGAAAGCCGUCUUCCAUACCCAGAUCGAGCACCGCGCCGACAUGGCCGCCCUCACCAACGGAAUCGAGGAAACCGAGUUCGAGACUCAGGAUGGGUGGGUCAAGACCGCGUACAGGGCGACACCCGUGAUGUCGAACUAUCUCCUCGCUUUCGUCGUCGGUUAUUUCAACUACACGGAACAGUAUUCGGAUAGAGGAGUUCGGUACCGGGUUUGGUCACGACCAGAGAAAAUAGAAGCAACAAGAUAUGGUUUGGAUAUUGGAGUCAAUAUGACGACAUACUUCGAGUCAUAUUUCAAUAUUUCCUUUGAUCUCCCAAAGCAAGACAUGAUCGCCACGUCUGUUGGAGGUGCCAUGGAGAACUGGGGCCUCAUCAUCUAUGUCGAGAGUUAUCUCCUCUUUGACAAUAAGAUCGACUCGGCUGAAGACAAGCAAGGGGUUACCACUGUCGUCGCUCAUGAACUCGCACACCAGUGGACUGGUAACCUGGUCACUUGUGCUUGGUGGAACGAUAUCUGGCUCAACGAGGGAAUCACCACCUACCUAGCAGACCUCGGCAUCGACUCCGCUAAGCCGACCUGGAGAAUACAUGAACAGUUUCCCAUCGUGUAUGAGACGGUCUUCAAGACUGAUGCCCGUGUGACGUCACGUCCGGUCCGGCCGCCACCUGUCGACACCCCGGAUGAAAUCAGUGAACUCUUUGAAGACAUAUCUUACUACAAGGGAGCUCAAAUUACCCGGAUGUUGAGGAACAUGCUCGGCGAAGAAGUAUUCAUGAGCGGUAUUCGCCAUUACCUGAAUAGACACAAAAUGGACGUCGUAGUCACUGAUAACCUGUGGGCUGCUUUCACCGAGGUCGAUAAGGGCAUCGGUGACAACGACGUCAAGAAGAUCAUGGACACGUGGACGCUCCAGAUGGGUUUCCCCGUGGUCGAUAUGCGGCGCAUCAACGACCACCAAGUAAAUGCUUCACAGGAACGCUUCCUGGUCGAUCACGACGCCGAAGCCGAUGACAAAUACGGUGAUCUGGGAUACCUCUGGUAUAUCUACCUAACCUAUACACAGAAGACAGGUGCCAAUUUCGAAAUGCCACUUUCUACAUGGAUCCAAAAAGAACCGUGGGCUCUGGUCGAGUUGUCACCCUCCAUGGGGAACGAGGAUUGGUACCUGGCAAACGUUAAGCAGUCCGGGUUCUUCCGCGUUGACUACGAUGACGAAAACUGGGCUCGACUUGGUAAACAGUUGAUCGAUGACCACACGUUGUCGAUGAAUUCCGCCAUGUCCCAAGCACGACAAAGUGUAGUAUUUGUGAAUGGCGCUCGCGUUAAGUGUCUCAUCCGCGGAUGCCGACCCCAUAAUGAUGGUUCUAGGACACCUACCCCUUGGACAUUCACGCCCCAGUCAACUAUCCCCAGGACAACUACCCUCUAG